CCGCAGUCCGUUUAUAAGCACAACGCAGCGUCACACACAUGCUGUUGUGUGGCGUUCCGGCUGCUGCGCACGAGUUUUUCACAGAACGCAGGCAUGGCAAAAGAUGCUCGAGACAACUGGGAAAAUCCCAUGCAGUUUGUACUAGCUUGUGUUUCAUAUGCCGUUGGACUGGGGAACGUGUGGCGGUUUCCUUACCUCUGUCAAAUGCACGGUGGAGGAGGAUUCUUAAUUCCAUAUCUUCUCAUGCUGGUUUUGGAGGGCGUGCCUUUGUUCUACUUGGAGCUAGCCAUUGGCCAGAAGAUGCGUCUAGGCAGCAUUGGGGCAUGGACUGCUAUAAGCCCAUAUUUAGGAGGACUUGGUCUUGCCAGUGUUGUGACAUCUUUGUACUUGUGUCUCUAUUACAACAUUAUCAAUGCAUGGAGUUUCUGGUACCUUUUUCACUCAUUUCAAUCUGUCUUGCCCUGGGCAGCCUGCCCUUUGAAUGCCAACCGGACAGGACCUUCAGAGGAGUGUGAAAGAGCUACACCCACUCAGUAUUUCUUCUACAGAGAGACCCUUAACAUCUCUCCUUCUAUUGAAGAAAAUGGAGGCAUUCAUACAGGCCAGGCACUGUGUUUCCUACUUGCAUGGGUGAUAACUUAUCUAUUUAUUGUUCGAGGUGUAAAGUCAACUGGAAAGGUUGUGUACUUUACUGCAACCUUUCCAUAUGUUGUCCUGUUCAUCUACUUGAUUCGAGGCUUUACCCUCCAUGGAGCUAUAAAUGGUAUCAAAUACAUGUUCACACCCAAGAUGGAAGAACUUGCCAAUCCUACUACUUGGAUCAACGCAGCCACUCAGAUCUUUUUCUCUCUGGGUUUGGGUUUUGGGUCACUCAUAGCUUUUGCUAGCUACAACCAGUAUCACAACAACUUUGAGCGCCAGGCCAUCAUUGUCUCUCUCAUCAACAGUGGAACCUCCAUCUUUUCUUCAGUUGUCACCUUUGCCAUCUAUGGGUUCAAGGCAACUGUCAACUAUGAAAAUUGCUUGGAGAGGACACGAAUACUUCUGCUUAACACUUUCAGUCUGUCUGAAGACAGCAUCACGAUUGACAAUGUCUUUGAAAGGAUUGUGGAGCUGAACACAACACAUCCAGAGCAGUUUGCUGAACUAAACGGUAAACUGGAAGAUUGCAACCUUGAGAGUGAGCUAAGCACAGCUGUAGAGGGGACAGGUCUGGCCUUCAUAGUGUACAGUGAGGCCAUAAAGAACAUGCCAUUGUCUCAACUGUGGUCAGUGCUGUACUUCAUCAUGCUUCUGAUGUUGGGAAUGGGCAGCAUGCUGGGAAACAUCACAGCCAUUAUCACCCCGCUACGAGACUUCAAAGUUCUGUCCUGCAUAAGCACCGAGGUGUUUAAUGGUAAGAAGAAGUGUAUUGUGUGCUUCAUAUGCCUCCUGCUUGGCCUUGGCUUCACAACAACUUCAGGAAACUACUGGUUUACCAUGUUCAAUGACUAUGGUGCCACUUUCUCCCUGUUGUUCAUUGUUCUUAUUGAGGUCAUAACUGUCAGCUACAUUUAUGGAAUCAAAAGGUUUGAAAGAGAUAUAGAAGACAUGCUUGGUCAUCGUCCUAACUGGUACUGGAAAAUCAUGUGGGCAGGAGUUAGUCCCCUUCUUCUUAUUGGCCUCUUCUUGUUCUAUAUCAUUAACUACAUCCAAGGAGGAACACCUACCUACCAAGCAUGGAACAAAGAUCUGGGGAAAUCAGAGCAGAUAGAGUAUCCUCUCUUUGGUCAGGCAUUCAUCGGACUUCUCUUGGCAUCUUCAGUGAGCUGCGUUCCUCUCACAGCUUUGUAUGUCUUCUGUCAGAGAAGAAAACAUGCACAGCGACAUAUGCAGCAACACACCGUGAAUACUGUUGCUGCUUAGUGAUUGGACGGUGACAGGGGACAAACAUCUUACCACAACCUUUUUGGCUUUUUAUUCACCUUGGCUUUGCUCACCAGCUAAAAAGUGAAAAUAUGGAUUAUAGAAAGGAACAAUGGAGAGCAAUAAGCAGCCAUUUGUGUUUUCUUAGUGUUUAAAUUUGUUUUGGUUAAAUUUUAUGUGAGCCAAAAUCUUUCAACGUAUUCGUAAUAUAAAAGCUGUUGAUGCCCUGAAUGAUGUGGUGUCUCUUGAGAAAAAUCAACUAAUGCUUUGAGCCAAUCAACAAAGUGGACUAUACAUUGAAGUAGAUUCAUAGGUUUUUUACACAGAAUAAGACUUCCUUGAUUAAUGUCAACUAGUUUUCACAUCUUAAGUGUGUCACCUAAUCUAGGUUUUGUCAUGUUUGUAAAUAAAGUGUACUUUGUCUGAUUGCCAGAUGUUUUUUUUUAAGAAAUAUAGCUAUAUUCAGUCUUUUAUAUGACACUGGUUCCCUGUUUGUGUGAUAAUGAAAUGAUUGUAUGUAGCUAUGUUGCUAAAACAAUGAGCUAUUGAAUGC